GAGUGAGACUUCUAACGGUAGAUCUUUGGUCUGACUCUCUGCACGGAUGCGCGCCGACCUUGGAGUCUCCAGACGCGGAGUGCAGGAUUUUGCGCACUGAAUUCAAGUAGAGCUGAAGAGAGCGCACAGCGAGCGGACUGCUGUCGAUUUACUGCAGUCCUGUCACUCGGAUCCCGGUUCACUUUGCUACUUGAAUGCGCACAUCGUCAUUUCAUGAAUACCAUUGGUCGGGAAGUAUAGGGGGAAUAUAGUGUUCAGAUUAUUUCGGGUUGGCUUGAUGCAAUUUAGAGCAGUGUUGUUUCAGCUGAGCCAAUGCAUGUAGCCGUUCCACCUUGUUUGUAGAGAACUACAAGUGUCCCAGCUGCUCUGAGAGAAUUCACUCAACAUCCUGAAGAGGACACGUUUGUGAGGAUUUUAGGACUCUUUCCCGAGAGUGGAUUGAACAAGGGUGAUUUCAACUAAGUGAGGUAUUCCAUAAAAACGGUGAUCACAGCAAUGCUUCAACAGCAUGUGCGUCUGUCCCUCUCCAAAUCUUCCAGAGAGGAUUUAAGCACCGCUCAUUUUGAAUAAGUCGAGAAGUCAUCGAAGAUGAGAGCUCUGCCAACAUUCCUGUUUAUUUUCCUCCUGCACCAGGUCACAUGCAGGAAAGAAAACGGAGGAGCCACAGAGCUCAUCGAGUGGGGCGACAGUGAUAACGAACAGAAGAUUUCUCCCGAGGGGGCCAGUCCACGGAUCCUCAACCCCCUGCGUUUAUUUGCCAGGGGGUCCCCCGGGUUCAAGAGCAACAUGAGGGAAAUUACAUAUUUACAGAACAUGGAGGACUUUUGGGACUGGUUAUCUAACCAGACAGAUGCUCAGGGUGCACAGGCCAGAACUAAACGCAGGCCCAUCGUCAAGACUGGCAAGUUCAAAAAGAUGUUCGGCUGGGGGGACUUCCACUCCAACAUCAAGACCGUUAAACUCAACCUGCUGAUCACGGGGAAGAUCGUGGACCACGGGAACGGCACUUUUAGCGUUUACUUCCGCCACAACUCCACGGGCAUGGGGAACGUGUCGGUCAGCCUGGUGCCGCCCUCCAAGGUGGUGGAGUUUGAGAUCGCCCAGCAGUCCACGCUGGAGACCAAAGACACCAAAUCGUUCAACUGUCGCAUCGAGUACGAGAAGACGGACCGCAACAAGAAGACUGCCAUGUGCAGCUUUGAGCCGACCAAGGUGUGCUAUCAGGAGCAGACGCAGAGCCAUGUGUCCUGGCUGUGCUCGAAACCCUUCAAAGUCAUAUGCAUCUAUAUAGCCUUUUACAGUGUAGACUAUAAACUGGUGCAGAAGGUAUGCCCUGACUACAACUAUCAUAGUGACACACCCUACUCCUCCACAGGAUGAUCUAGCUUUUAGUAUGCGUCUACCUACUGUCUAAUCUUCAAAUAAUGUAAAUGUCGACCUCUAAGCUCCUUGUCCCGCAAUACCUAAGUACCUGAGACACGUUGCAGGAAGUGCUGUUUAUAAUGGGACACACUCUGGAGGGAUUUGAUGCAUUGUUAAAAAAAAAAAUAAAGUAAAAUGUAUAUAUAGUACACUUGAGAUAGUUAGGUGUCCAGGGACUUGGUUUUAGGGGUUGACUUGGGAUUCGGAGCUAGCUACCAACCCUGUGUGACUCCUCCCUAAAACAGCGGCACAUGUUCUCCGUAAACCACUGGUAUAAUUAGCAUGUUGUCCAGAUGUUUUGUUCAAGGCUAGACCAUAGGCAAGGAGCCUCCCAGUUGGGAGUACAGAGCUGGCUUCUGUGCCAGUGCUACAUUGAUGCCAACAUUGUCAAACAAUUUCCUCACCUCAUUUAAUUAAACAGUUGAAAUAUGACAAGACUUUAAAUCAUUUUAAUAAUUACAAUACAGAGACAUUUGAAUUGUUAUUCAAUAGAAUGUUGAAUUAGAUAUUUCACAUUUGAAACAUUGCUACAUUUUGACUGAUUAGUGAGAAAAUUCAUUUCAUUGCCUUUAAAAUAGAACUAACAUCCAUUUGUACCCGUUAACAGAACACAGACACAGACACAGUGUCUAUUGUUACAGGUUAGCUUGAUCAAUGGGUAUUCCCUCAAGUAGCUCUGAAUAAUUAAUAUGGAUUUAAAACCUAUAUUUCAUCUCCUUAUCUUUAUAGGGACUGGAAUAGUGAAUUGAUUGAUUAUGUGCCCAAUACCCAUGACAAAAUUAAUUGAUCCAACACAACUAUUCCCACAAGCAAGCAGAGGGCAUAGUCGUAAAUCAUCACACAUACGUAUAUACUGUAGGUAUCCAGCCAUGUAUAACCUGGCUGCUGCCUUGUGUACUUCUUAUUGGUUUUCUGCUGCAAUCAUAAGGCAUGUGGAUGCUAAACUAGUCUGAAAUCCAACAUCUGUGUUUGCAGGAUGCACUUUGAGGCAUCAGCCUGCCGAGAGGGUCCCGCAGUGGAUUAAUGUGUCAGGAGAGGAGGGGGGGGU